AUGCAAAGGCGAAAGCUCAAAAGAGAGCAUUUGACAUCUGAACCUGGUGAAUAUUCACCAGUAGCCCCUCCCCCGCCUCCUCUUUCAAGUGGAAUCCCACAACCAUUUGACGGAAGAGAAAGAGGUGACCGAAAGGGGGCAAUGGUCUCACGUCCAGGUUACUUGGAGGAGCCAGUUCUGAGGAUGCAUGGCAAAGAAGCAGCCAGCAAGAUGACCCAUCGCGACAUUGACCAAUAUCCUUGA